GCACCGCGAGGAGCUGGAAGCGUGCAUGCGCCAGAUGCAGCAGAGGCGCGACCGGGAGCUGAUGCGCCAGCUGGAGGAGAGCGACGAGUCGUAAGACAGAAGAGAGGAGCGUGUGAGCGAGUCAGUGUGCCAUGGCGGAGACGACGGACUCGUCCGUGGUGGAGAUAGUGUGCGAGGCGCACUUUGCGCGGCUCACCUCGGCGCUGAAGGAGCUGGCGACCGCGGGCGUGCUCACGGACAUCACGUUCGUGUGCGAGGACGGCACGCUGCAGGCGCACCAGGUGGUGGUGUCGGCGUUCAGCAGCUCGCUGCGCCAGGUGGGCGGCCGCCGGAGCUGCGUCCUGGUGACGGGCGCCCGCAAGCCGGCCGUGCAGGCGCUGCUGCACCUGCUCUACCUGGGCCACGCCCGCGUCGGCGCGCACGAGCUGGAGGCCGUGGCACAGGCGGCCGCGGCCCUCGGGCUGGACUGCUUCGCGCGCACGCGGGUGGAGCCCGCGGGCGACGAGGUGCGGCUCUCCUUCCCGGACCACGAGCGCUGCCUCCGGGAGAGCCUGCAGCGCGCGCGCUCCGGCGCGGCCCUCUGCGACGUCGUCUUCGUGACGGCGGAGUUUGCGCAGGUGCACGCACACGCCUGCGUGGUCGCCACGUGCAGUGACGUGCUGCGGGACGUGCUGGCCGGCCGCCGGCGCGACGACGGCCCGUGCGUGCUGGUGCUCGAGGGCACGGAGCUCCGGCACCUCUCGCCCAUCCUGGACCUGUGCUACCGGGGCGACGUGCUGCUGGCCCAGGGGACCAUCGGCGAGACGCACGCCACCGCGCGGCUGCUGGGCGCGGACUACGUGUGCGAGAUACUGGGGGCGGCGGAGCCCACCCUCGGCGUCGCGGCGACCGCGGAGGAGGCCGAGCCCCGGGCCGCCGGCACGGUGCGUCUGCAGGACGGCCGGGACGGCUGCCGCGGCUUCCGGCGGCUGCUGGCCCACCUGGCCGGCACGGAGAGUCUCGCCGACGUGACGCUGCUGAGGAGCGGGCGCUGCCUGCGUGCGCACAGCGUGCUGCUGUGUGCCUUCGGGCCGUACUUCAAGCAGCUGGAGGGGCGGCUGGGGCACCAGCUGAAGGAGGCCGUGGUGCUGGUGCGCAGCCUGACGGCGGGCCAGCUGCAGGCCUGCCUCGACUACCUGUACCGCGGCGAGGCCCGCUUCUCGGGCGGCCCGCGCCAGUUCUGCUCGCUGCUCUCCCACUGGAUAGACUUCAGCCUGCUGCCGGCCGAGGAGGCCAGCCUCCUGCCCUGCCGAGGCGUGUCGGUGGAGAAGACGUGCGAGGCGCUGGGGCUGUCGCUGGACAACAUCAGCUGCGUGGUGGAGCUGUCCGAGGAGUUCAACCUGGGGCGGGACGCCGUGCUGCUGCAGGACGACGGCGAGACGGCGGAGCUGACGCCCGCCGCCGAGACCCAGGAGUGUAAGAAGACUGAGGAGAGAGAGUCUCGCUGGGUGGAACUGAAGGCCCUGAAGGUGGAAGCAGGCGGCGGAGACCCGCGCGCCAGGUCGCCCGCCAAAGCAGCCACUAAGGUGUGCAGCCUGUGCAAGGAGGAGUUCACGUCCCUCGCGGAGUUCAGUCGCCACCUGGCCAGCCACCCCGAGUCCAAGUGGGUGACGUGCGAGCACUGCAGCCAGGCGUUCGCCACGGCGGGGGAGCUGCGCGUGCACAUGCGCUCCCACGCCGAGCUGCGCCCGUUCCCGUGCGGCGUCUGCGGCAAGCGCUUCGCCACGCGCUGCGUGCUGCGCAAGCACGGGCGCGCGCACGACGGCGACCCCGCCAAGGCGCACCGCUGCCCCGUCUGCUCCAAGUCCUUCCAGCGCCGCGAGUACUAUGCCGAGCACAUGCGCACGCACACGGGGACGAAGCCCUUCGAGUGCCCGACGUGCGGCAAGGCCUUCGUCGGCCGCACGGGCCUCAACCACCACGUCAAGACGCACGCCGACCCGGACGCCCGCCGCAACUGCGCCUGCGAGGUGUGCGGCAAGCACUUCACCCGGCACGCCCUCUGGGCGCACGUCAGGACGCACGAGAAGCCGGCGCGCAGGAAGGCGCACGCCUGCGGGACCUGCGGCCAGGCCUGCGGCACGGCCUCCGCGCUCAGGACGCACGUGCUGCGCGCGCACGAGAGCCGGCCCGAGCACGGCUGCCACGUGUGCGGCAGGAGGUUCGGCAGGCAGCGGGACCUGCUGCGGCACGCCCGGUCGCACGAGCGGGACAAGGAGUCCCGCCACCCGACGGAGGCCCAGCUCGGCAGGCACACGCUCCUGAGCCACGAGGCGCCCGGGGAUUUGCCGUUCUCCUGCGGCGUCUGCCGCAAGUCCUUCGCCGACCGCUCCUCGCUGGCCAACCACCUGCGCUCGCACACGGGCGAGCAGCUCCACACCUGCCGCUCCUGCGGGAAGACCUUCUGCCGGCCGCAUGCCUUCAAGAAGCACGAGGACUCCUGCGGCGGGGCGGGACCGCGCCACAAGUGUCCGUGCUGCGAGGAAACAUUCCUCAAUGUGGCCGCCAGAAACAAGCAUGUGGCGUCGUGCCACGAGAUGGACGCUGCUUCGGACGGUAAGGACUUCUCCGGCUCCGAGCCUUUCCGCUGCGCCGUGUGUCGGACGUCGUUCCUCUACCAGGAGAGCCUGGAGAAUCACGCCGAGGUGCAUGCGGGGGGCGGGAGUGCCGAGGCCCCGGUGGUACCCGACCACGGCUACGCGGGCGAGACGGCCGUCGACGACCCGGCCGGGGCACUCCGCGAGCAGUCGCAGGAGGCCGGCGUGAAGACGCGCCAGCCCUUCAUGAUCACCAUCGACGGGAACUUGACGUACGAUCCGAGCAACAAAGUGCCAGAUGGCAUCUUCGAAGUGAUGUCGCAGUCUGCGGCAGCAUCUGUCCAGGACCUCAAUACAUCGUGGAGUUUGUCGGAGUAGUGUGUGUAGGUGAAACUUGCUUUGUCUGUGGUGAUUUUCAUUUGGAUGUUACAAUUGCAAUGCAACCAUUGUGCAGGGGAUAAGGUACUGAUUCGAGGUUGUGUUAUGUUUAUUUGUCAGUUCAUCUCCAGUGGAAUAAUAAUUUAUUGUGAGGCUUUCGCAGUGUAAGGAAAAAUCCUGUGAUAUGUACAGAAAGGUGGGAAAGACUUGUUCCUGUUCCCCAGGGAACCAGGUGAGUACAUUUUUGUACAUUUCCCCUCCACCUAGGCUGCAGGUGUAAUAGACUACAGGCGUCCUCACGACGGGCCACCAGCAUCUCGCCACUUGUGAUCCAGCUGGAACGACUUAGCCUUACUCCACCCCUGUUCGUCGUAAGGCACAGGCUUCCCGGAACCUGCGUGACUUCUCUGGGAGCAGGGGCCGUGGUGCUAGGGUAGUCUGGGAUCCACUCCUGGCGCGGUCGAGCCUGGAUUAUCGCAAGGGGAAAGAGUGGCGGACGUUGCAGUGGGCCGGUGGAUUUUCUCUGCUUCCCCCCAUCCAUUCAUCCCAUCAGUGCUUCCUUCUCAUCCCAUUAACCCCCGUCGACUCUAAUGACCUCUAUGUCUACAAGACGUUAAGGGCUCACGUACACAGACACACCUACAGUGUGCAGAGCUUCAUAAAAAACUGCGCCAUUUGAAAAAAUUAUCAAGAUAUCAGAGUAGUGUCAAAUUAUGAAAAGCAUUUAAGAUUACAUGGAGGCGGAUGAGAAUUUAUUUGUUUCCAUUUUUCGUUUUGUAACAUGUUCCAUAUUUCUGAAAGAGUGAAAAUUGCUGAAACAAGUGUUUUUCAGACUAACUUUUUGGCAUGAUUAAUGUGGUAGAUAUUCUAUGAAUCAUUCAAGGAAUUUGCAUUACAUCCUUUAUCUUAAUUUAUCCACCAUAUAAUGAUAUGGUUACCGCUCAAACAUCAUAGUUGCUAAAUGUAAAAUGAGAAGACUGCACGCCAGUUCAGAGCCUUGCGCUUUUAGGAGAUAUUGCACUUGGAAGAAGAACCAUAGAUCGUCACGCUUAUCAUCCCACCUCACUAAUACAUGUACACCCUUGACUGGGUGUGUACCUUAAGUCCCUUUUCAUUCAUUCCACACUAUCCAGCACUACGAUCCCUCCCACUGCACACAUAGUCCUUUGUUCCCCCAACCCCUCCACCUUUCCCCACUCUCUUGCCUUUCUUACAAUCCCGAUUCAGUGACAGACCCGUUAUCUGUGUUGGCUGACCGCUUCACAGCAUCCCACAUGACAGAAGGUUGGAAUGUAAACAGGACAAACUGUGCUUAGUAAAAGAACCUUUUUCAUUACAGGCAUGUUCUUAUAGUAGGGAGCAGUGUGUGACAAAUGAUUAGUGAUUUUUUUUUUUAUGAACUCUAGGAUGGUGUGUGAAUAGACUUGAAUUUGUCAUUCCAGUGCCUAUUUAUUACCAGAAUCUAGUUGAAUGAAAAACAGUUUUUUUUAUUGUAGUUUUUGACUGUGGCCAGCGUGCAAUUGUUUCUAAAAAAUUACACCUUAAAAAAAUACUGCAAAUUCAUGCAGCUUGUUUGUGUAUUUCAACAGAUAUAAGAUUUAUUAUUCUACUUUAUUCUACUUUGGAAAAGUUUCUCGAUUCUGAGUAAUGUUAUAUAUGUACAAUUCUGUCAAGUAAGUGCUUAAUGUGAAACAUUCUGUUAAUUUGUUUAAUGUUAUAUAUAUGUAUGUGGUAUUUGUAUUAGUUUGAUAUUUGUUCUUUAUGUGCAGUAAAGAAGUAUUUCAUUGGUGAAAAUGGCAAUGUUAAUAAUUAAACCCUGCUAUGGUAACUGUUUACAAUCACUAAAGAUGCAUAUGGUAUGGUGAAUUAUUAUUUGCAACAAUUAUGUUUUAGUUUAUACAUGUGUCAUUCUACAUUUGCUUUAUAGAAUGCAUUGUUAAAAACGUAAAUACGCAUUAUAGGGAUGUUAAAAUAUAUUUCAAUGAAAAUUAAUUGCAUUGUUUUAUGGGAUAUGAUGAAUACUGUUCAGUAUGCUGCAUAUAGAUGCUAUCCAAGUCGUUCACAAAGAAACAUGUUUUUUUCUUUGUAGUUGGCAUUCUGCUUUGUUUGCAAACAUACAUUCAUUCAUUCAUUCAUUCAUUCAUUCAUUCAUUUCCUCUAAGUUCACCUAGUUUUCCUUACUUUUGUACUGUUCAAAGGAUCACCAGAACAUCUCCCAUUAUAUAAUUUCACAUUAAAUUUUGCUUUUUAGUUAUCAUUCUAUUGUUUUUUUUCUGAGGCUUUCAAAUUGUAGUUGUUGGUACGAUGUGAAUUGUAUAAGCGAAUAUCUUUGCUGUGAUGUUUGUUGGUGGGUGUAGCAAGGAAAAUUGGCAGAAACUACUUUGGCUUUCCCCGCCUGCUAUUGUUCAACUCUGUUGAAAAAUAUACACCAUAUAAAAAUAUUGAAAAAUUAUUUCAGAAUUAAGAAUCAGCAUGUUUUGUAAUAUGCAAUGUAUAUAAUUUCUAAUGUCUAGUAAAAGUUUAUAUAACUGUAGUGUAUGGUUUUUAAAGAAUACAAUGUUAAUUCAUUUUGUUAAAAAAGUUCAGUCCAAGGUCUAUUAAGAGCUUCCAGCUCUUCCAAAACUUAGAAUAUUCAAUCAAGCAUAACUUGGCAAUUUAACUUUUGGAACAAUUUUUUGGAGAUCAUUUUAUUUGCCAAAUGUGGCCUUGUUCAUGACAAAAUAUAUGUAUGACUAAAUAAAAAAUAUAAGGAUUUAGAAAAGAAAAUCACAAUUGAGCUGUAAAAAUAUAUUUUGUAAUUUAUUAAUCAGGUUAAUUUUAUUCGAAAUUUCAAAAACAUAAUUUUGUUGUACAAAAAAAUACUUUUUUUGAAAUUAUAUAAUUUUGUUUGUGAUGCCUUGAAAUUGAAAUAAAGUAUGAAUCAUCAAAAAA